AUGGCUGUCAAACAUAGAGCCUCUAGUUGUGAUUUUCUUGUCACUAUGGUUUAUGGUUUGAAUGAUCCUAAGAGGAGAGUAGAGCUGUGGAAUCAGCUGACUGAGAUAGCUAAGAUCUCUAAAGAUCCCUGGCUUAUUAGUGGUGAUUUCAACAAUAUCCUUAAUUGGGAGGAUAGGAUUAGGUCCCCUUGCACUUUUGAUGAGGUUAAAGACUUUAGAGAAUGUUUGAGUAAAAAUGAUCUGGUUGAUUUCAAGGUAGGUGGGCUAUACUAUACGUGGAAUAAUAAACAGGAAGGGCAACAUAUAGUUUGCUCAAAAAUUGAUAGAGUUUUAGUGAACAAUGACUGGUUGAGUAAAUUUGAUAAGGCCACUGCUGUUUUUCUUCCUGAACGUACUAUGGACUACUAUCCUUGUGUGAUGAACAUUUUUGGUCUAAAUGAGAGGUUUGUUAAGCCGUUCAAAAUUUUCAAUCAUUGGACUUCUGCUCCUGGUUUUUUUAUGCUUGUUCAGCAACAUUGGAAUAUUCAGGUUACAGGCACAGCAAUGUACAGGGUGGUAAAGAAGUUGCAGGCUGUUAAGAAAGCUAUUAAGGCUCAGAAUUUGUGCUCUUUGUCUUCUGUUGAAACUGCUGAUUUGGAAGCCUCCUCUAGGUUGAUGAGUGUGCAGAAACAAUUGAACCUUAAUCCUUGUAAUGAGAACUUGAUAUCUGAAGAGAGACAGGCUAAAAUCUUAAAGAGGAGAAUUCAGAACAGGAUUUGUAGUGUUACACAGAACGAUCAAGUGGUGCAAGAUCCUAAUGAGGUGGUGGGUGCUUUUGUGGGUUACUACCAAAAUCUGUUGGGAGAUAGUUACAGUCCUGAGAGAUCGGUGCAUGCUACUAUCAUUGAGGAAGGAAAGGUGUUGAAUCAAGAUCAGAAGGAUAUGCUCUGCUGCCCUUUCUCAGAGACUAAUGUUAAAGCAGCCUUAUGGAGCAUAGAGGAUGACAAGGCUCUUGGUCCAGAUGGGUUUUCAAGUUUCUUAAAACUUCUUGGGACAUUGUGA